UCGGGUUGGUUUGAUUUUCUGACCGACUGCAGUUGAAAGUAGAAACUUUAUGACAGUAUGCUAUAUUUGUGUUUCUCUCAGGAUUGCUGUCAAUAUCAUCAAGCAAAGGAUGGAGAUGGAUGGGUGGAGUACAAGGGAUCACUAGGCUUUGAUGGCUCUCAAAAGAAGAUGGAAAUUCCCCGGGCUUUUGUUUGUGCUGAGAGCAAAAUUUUUGAUGUUUCGGAAUGGGCAAUUUGUCAGGGAAUAGCUUGCAGGCCAAACACUCAUCGGCCAAGCUUCCAUGUGAACAUGGUUGGUUUGGAGAAGACAAAUUCCACGGGUGAGAGGAGUAAUUCAAGCAGAUACCCAUGGGACUUGGAUGCAGAAAUGAUGGAGGAUGAAGAGGAAGAAUUUGAGAUGUGGCUACAAGAAGCUUUAGCCUCUGGUCUUUUCUGUGAAACUUCCAAACGUCGAAAAAGUUGGAGUCCCUUAGAUGAUUGGAAGUCUUAUCUAUGAUUGGAAACAUUUUUUUCCCUUUUCUUCCAGCAACAUCCCCAAUGAUGUUACUUAAAAUUGCCACACACGCUCUAAAAAGAACAAAAGAUUCAUGUGGAUGGUUGACAGCAGAACUCGAAAGAAAGACAAACUUUCGAAAGACAAACAGACGAAACUAGAAUGAACCACCAGGUAGAGACAUUUGUUUUCCCUUUGUAAAAUGUAAAUACCUUUGCUGCCCCCUGAUUGUUCAUGUAGAAGGUUUUUUUUAUUGAGUCUUGUCUUGUCAUGGAAGAAGAACAUCUCUUAUUGUACAUUAGUAGUCAUACUUUUCUCUUUUGCAUGCUCAGUAAUAAAAUUUACAGACAAGUUACUUUUUU